UGUUCGUUUAUUUUUUCUCCAUCUCAAGUAACAUCUGUCAUUCCCGAACGGUGAAGGAAAGCGAGCAAAAGAUUCUAAGUUCACCCAUUCCCUUUACGAAUUAUAAAACCCUUUACGAACUGCAAAAUUUCCUCAGGGAUUUUUUUCAUGGUGUUUUGUUGCUGCAAUGAUAUAGAUAUGGCUCCAAUGGUGCCGGAGACUCCACCGUUUUGUUUAUCUCCUGACGUAGGAACGCGAGGUCGUUUGACUUCUUGAAGCCAACAGUGUAGGUUUGAAAAGAGGAGGAGCUUGUUCAGACAAUGUGGCUGAGGGUUCGAGGGAGAGACUUCGACUUGGGUGCUCCGAGAUUGAGAAUUUCUCUUGGAUUUUGAUGGGAUAUAUUGGUUUUCAAGGGAUUUUGGUUUCGAUGGAGAUGAGGUUAUUGGUGGAGACGAUCUUGUUCUUGAUUGAUCUUCACAGCUUUGAUUAGCCCUCUCAAGCUUCCGCCAAACAAGAACAAUUUCUGUUUCUAUGUUCGUGUUGCGUCCUGUUUUCUUAAUAGUAGGUGGGGUUUGUUGAUUGAGAGUCUUGAUUAGAGUUUUUGAGCCUUAUGAAAGCCAUGGAGGAAGAUCCUAAUUCUUGGUUAAGAAGAACCAAGUUUUCUCACACAAUAUGCUAUCGUUUAGAGUCCUUGCGAUUGGCUUCCUUUCCUGCCGCCACUCACCCACCACUCAACUCAGUUGCACAAUCAAGAUCUCAUGUUCUUAACAAGCAGAGGUCCUUGUCUCCGGCUCGGCCUCCACAAACUACGCUUUCCAAUGCAUUUAAGAGUGCACGUACCGAUCAGAAGCGGUUUUCAACGCCACCGCCUCAGAGGAAGGCACCUGGAAAAGAGAAGGGUAGAAGACUAUUUAGUAAAAAAGCUAAGGAGCGCAAUUCCUUAAAGGAAGAGAAGUUAAAAGGCCUUCUGAGGCAUUUUGCCUCAUUUAAAGGCAAUGGGAAGUCCAAGUUCAAGGAGUCUUCUUGGACAAGGUUUUUUGAGCACAGUGGAGGGAAGGUCACCGCUGUCGAGGCUGUAGAUGAAUCAUCUAUUGACCUGUCCAAGUUGAGUUUUGGGCAUAAAUUUGCUUUCGGAGCUCAUAGUCGGCUUUACCAUGGACUUUACGAAGAUAACGUUGUUGCUGCUAAGAUGAUCAAUCUACCAGUCGAUGACGAAAAUGGAGAACUCGCAGGUCGCUUAAAAAAGCAGUUUGAUAGGGAAGUAACCCUUUUAUCUCGUCUCCGCCAUCCCAACGUUAUAAAGUUGGUAGCAGCUGUGAAAAUGCCACCCGUUUAUUGCAUCAUCACUGAGUAUCUACCUCUGGGUUCCUUAAGGGCAUAUCUUCACAAACUUGAAAAAAAAUCUCUCCCAUUGCAAAAACUAUUUGCUAUUGCCUUGGACAUUGCUCGUGGGAUGGAAUACAUUCACUCACAAGGCGUCAUUCAUCGGGAUCUCAAACCUGAAAACGUUCUUAUUGAUGAAAACUUUUGUCUAAAGAUUGCCGAUUUCGGCAUCGCUUGCGAGGAGGCACGUUGUGAUACACUAGCGGAUGACCCUGGAACUUUUCGUUGGAUGGCCCCUGAGAUGAUCAAACGUAAACCUUAUGGAAGAAAGGUUGAUAUGUACAGCUUCGGACUCAUCCUGUGGGAAUUAGUCGCUGGAAAAAUCCCUUAUGAGGAUAUGACUCCCAUCCAAGCAGCUUUUGCAGUUGUAGAUAAGAAUAUUAGACCGGUGAUCCCGAGCGAGUGUCCUCCAGUGAUGCAGGCGUUGAUGGAGCAAUGUUGGUCCACGCAACCAGAGGAGAGGCCGGAGUUUUGGCAGGUGGUAAAAGUAUUAGAGCAACUUGAGAGUUGUGUUGGGGGAGAUGGUGAAGUGUAGAGCAGAAGGCCAGUUGGGCAAGAUCACAAGAAAGGUCUAAAGCAGCAUGGGAUGGAUGCAGAGGGUUGGUCCUCUUCAUUCUCAUAAUUCUCUCACCUCCACACCUAAAUUCAUAUGAAUCUUUCUCUCUGCGCUUUUACCUUUUCUUGAAGAUAUUAUGUUCGCUCCCCAGGUUCAUUGUAGAUAAAAAGAAACAAAACUUUUGCAGUUUUUUUUUGGUUCCUUCAAUUGUUUCUGUUUCUAACAUUCACAUGACUGAAAUGAAUACCUUUCUGACGAUAUUUUUGGAA